AUGGCUGCCCCAAUACACCCUGCCAUGACUAUUUCCAACAUCAAAAACUUUAUCCCCAUUACCCUGGAAGUCGAGACUGACCACUAUUCCACUUGGUCAGAACUAUUCCAAAACUGUUGCAAAGCAUAUCAAGUUUUUGACCACCUUCAACCUCGUCCCACCGCUGCCACCUCCUCCACAACUGCUGACAAGGCUGCUGACCAGACUGCCGACAAGGCAGCCGAGGCUGCUGCAGAAGCCUUAUGGUCUAGAUUGGAUGCCAUCGUCAAACAAUGGAUUUACGGCACUAUAUCAACAGACCUGCUCCACAUUAUUCUGUCCCCCGGGCAGACCGCUCAUCAGGCAUGGACCACCCUUGAAAAUAUCUUCAAAGACAACAAGAACUCUCGGGCUGUUUAUUUGCAACAGGAAUUCACCAACGUUCGGUUAGACAACUAUCCGAACAUGGCAGCCUACUUGUAA